AUGGCAGCAUCUUUAGUGCCAGACGUCCGUCGCGUUUGUCAACUUUGCAGUGGCGGCGAUGCACGCACUUGGUCUACCGUCCUUGCCUCCCUGGCUACACCACUGCACAUGAAUGCCGGGACAGCAAGACGCAGGUCGAUGGUGCCCUCGCUGCUCCAGCGCAUGCGAAUCCAGACGGAUUCGGAUGGAACGCCGCUGGCACAGGAGAUCGAUGAAGCUUGCACUUCGAUACUUCAGAGCUACUCGCUCUUCAUCGCUGGUGUCGUCCGCCUUGGCCGUUUGCCAGACUACGCAAUGCCCUUCGAAUUGGCCAUCGCGGCCGCCCACAGCUGUACCGCCUUGGAGGCUGCAGGGGCCCAGGAGCCGCCUGUCAAGGAGCUGCUUCGGGCUCUUGCAGAAUCGCCCGACAUCCCUGGCCAGCGCGAGGUGCAGGAGGCCCGAGAAGGAGCUUCUGAGUUCGACGUCUUUUCGCUGCUGGCAUCUUGCAUCAAGCGACGUGCAGCGAAGGUGUCCCGCACCUCGCCACUAUCCGGAGAUGGGUCAGCAUCAGCCUGGAGAACCGCUUCCGAUGGUUUCCUGCCGGCAAUCGGCGAUGAUGCCGAGGCGGAUCUCGGGGAUGGGCUUGUGCCAGCAAGGGUCCUUCUGCUCGAGAACGGCGAGGCCCUUCUGCGAGGGCUGGCCUGUGGCCGGUAUGCCUGGAUGGCCUUGAGCAGCAUCUUCGCCCCCGGAGCAUCCAAGGUCUCAGCACAGCACCGCGCAGUGCUGGGUUUGGGGCCGGAGGCGGGGCCUGUCGAGGCUGGUCGAGCCUAUCGCAAGCUCGCCAGGCAGCACCAUCCUGAUAAGGGUGGCGAUGCAGAAGCUUUCCUGCGACUUCGUGCAGCUUACAAGGCACUUGCGACAGACCCUGGAAUCGAUGACCCCGCCACGCCACCUAGGACAGGUUUGCAGUCGGCUGAGGCCGCUGGGAGUGUGGCGACUGUGUUAUCGUGGCUUCGGUCACGACGUGUGCAGCUUUCGGCCUCGACCGCGGCGGACGUUCUUGUGAAGCACGGCAGCUCGCUCGCCGGGAAGAAGGUCCUGGUUACCGGUGCCUGUAAUGGCAUUGGCUUGGCUGUGUCUCGGGCACUGCUAGAUGCAUGUCCUGAUUGCAGGCUCAUGGUGAAUGGGCGCAGCAUGGAGCGAGUCAGUGGUAUGCUUGUCAAGCUUCCGGCACAUGCACGGAGCCGUUGCGAGGCUGCGAUUGCCGAUCUUAGCAGCCUCCGAGAGGUGGAUGCGCUGAGCAAGAAGUUGGCCGAGUCUCCUCCAGAUGUAGUCGUGUGCUGCGCCGGCAUUGCGACCCUUCCGAGAUGGACGCCGACUUCAGAUGGAUAUGAGAGUCAGUUUGCUGUGAAUCACUUGGCUCAUUUCCAUUUGGUCUCCACCCUGGUGGAAUCUGCCAAGCAUAUCCGUGUUGUGAUGGUGUCAUCCGACCUACAGCGAGUGGGGCAGAAAUUUCUGCAAAUUGAUCUUGACACCAUCAACAGCAAGAGCCACUACAGCUUUAUUGGCAACUACUUGGCCUCAAAGUACUGUAACGUCCUCUUCGCACGCUCCCUGCACCAGCGGAAGGUCGAGGCUGUCAGCUGCACACCAGGUGAAGUGGCCACCGAAAUUGACCGACACCUGCCUUGGCUGAUUCGCGUUGUCUUCCGGGCCUUCAGCCGAGCGCAGACGCCGGAGCACGGUGCUGCCACCGUUGCCUAUUGCAUAGCGGCUGACGUGGUAUCUGGUGGCUUCUAUGCGCAGUGCAGGCUGACAGACCUUGAAGGCCCAGCAGAGGACAAGCUUUGGAGCUUCAGUGAGAGCCUGGUGGCUGCGGCCCUCGAACGACAGGACUCAAAUCAGAAGCGGCAAAGCUGA